CUGAGUAUUCUCAACUUACUACUAUUAGACACUAUCUAUCGUGUAUCGUUCCAAAAUCGACGUAUCAAACCAUUUUAAUCACCGUGAAAACAAGAUGGUGAAGAUAAUGUUACAAGUCGCUGUACUCGUAUUGACUACUUUAGUGGCCAUUACUUUUGCUGAAUACGAUGCUACAUCUUACGCGUUUUACCAUCCAAAAUUUGAAAACACCCAUCAUGAUGGACACGACCAUUACGCACCUCCCCAUUACUCGUACAAGUACGGCGUCAAAGAUCCGCACACUGGCGACCAUAAACACCAGUCGGAGCACCGGGAGGGCGACGUAGUGCACGGCGAAUACAGCGUGGUGGAGCCGGACGGUCGUGUACGCAAGGUGACUUACACGGCGGACAAGCACAACGGGUUCAACGCGCACGUCCACCACGUGCAUCACGCCCACCACCCGCAACACUACGGACACCACGAAGAGGAAAACAUUAAGAACUUAUUCUCGAUGGCUUGUAUGUUACAGAUUGUUGUGAUCGCCCUGAGCGCGCUGACGACAUUGACGGCUGCCUAUGACGCCUCAUCGUACGCCUAUUACCAUCCGAUAUUCCAUCACACCCAACACCAUGGACACGACUAUUACUCUCCACCUAAGUACACGUUCAAGUACGGCGUCAAAGACCCACACACAAAAGACGACAAACACCAGUGGGAGGAACGGGACGGAGACGUAGUGCACGGUGGUUAUAGCCUGGUUGAACCGGACGGUCGUAUCCGAAAAGUGACGUAUACGGCUGAUAAGCACAAUGGAUUCAACGCACACGUCCACUACGAAAACCACGCUCACCACCCUCAAGUCCAUCACCACCAUGGUCAUCACCAUCACCGCCAUCAGAAUCGCGGUGGACGUCAACAGCUGUUUUGAGCGAUCUGCAUGCAAGAUUGCGUACUGGGACUUAUCUAAACCCUAAUCGAAAUUUAUUGUUAUCGUUAUCUAGUAUUUUAUAAUAUUAUAUGGAAUUUUUAUUAUUGUUAAA